AUGCGUAUUCCAAGAUCCAAUCCCAUUGUGGAAACGCAGCGUGAUCCGGGACUCAAACCCACCAUGGUCUCCUUCCUUCUUGCCCCUCUUCUUGCCUUCCUCUUGCUUUUCACUCCGGCGCACUGUAAAGAUGAGAAGGAGAGUGUAUUGAAGGGCAUCAACAGCUACAGGCAGAGUCAGAACCUGGCGGUGCUGGCGGAAGCGGACAGGGCGUCAUGCCUGGCGAACGAAAUAGCAGAUGAGCUGGAGGACGUCCCCUGUGAAAACGUGGAGCUGUACUAUCCAACUGCUUCGGGGAUCCAGAAGUUCCCAAACUUUGAGAAGCACGUUGAUAAAUGUGGCCUUGACAUCAACAGUACCAGGGAGGGGGUGAUUCUGCCUGCCUGUGUCGCCAAGCUCGAACCCACCAUCCUUCUCUCUAACUACACUCACAAUGAUCGCUACGCCUCUUAUCUCAACAACUCACUAUACACCGGCGUCGGACUUGGUUCCGAGGGUGACUGGAUGGUUCUCGUUCUCACCACCAACACCCCCACUGGAUCUUUCUCCGCCGCUCCUCCUCCUAAUUUCGUGAUGCCCUUCUUCAUCCCUGCUUUGCUCUUGCUUCUUCUCAUGCCCAUGCGUUAGCUAUUUUGUUGCCUUGU